AUGGACGCCGCCGGCCCCUCGAAAGCUGCCCCGCAGAAAGCAGGCAAGGCGAAGCCAAACCCAGCGGCUGAUACACCACUGCCAGAUUUUAUUAUAGAGCGAAAUGAGUUGUUCGACCAGCUGUUCAAGCAGCAGGUGGAGGAGCUAAAGAACAAGCCUCGAUUUGACAUCACUGUAACUCUGGAAGUGGGGGAUGGCGCACCGUCGACCGUUAUCGCAAAGGCAUGGCAGUCUACUCCUGGCUCGUUCUUGAAGGAUAUACCAAAGGAAAUAAGCUCCAGUGUGGUUAUUGCUAAGCUGGACGGAAAGGAGCUCUGGGACUUGGAUCGCCCUCUCGAGAGGGACUGUCGUAUCCGCUUCCUGCCCUUUGACUCAGCCGAGGGCAGAGAGGUGUUCUGGCAUUCUAGUGCCCAUGCACUUGGUGAAGCUUGCGAGUGUCAAUAUGGAUGUCUUCUCUCGCAUGGCCCUCCAACUGCCCAUGGUUUCUUCUACGAUAUGGCUAUCCCCAAUGGUGGUGUUGUUACUCAGGGAGAUUGGCCGUCAUUGGAUUCCAAAACUACUAGGAUUUUCAAAGAAAAACAGUCCUUCGAUAGGCUGGAGGUUUCCAAAGAGAAUCUGAAGAAAAUGUUUGGAUAUAGUAAAUAUAAACUGCACUAUAUCGACAACCUUAUCGAGGGAGAGAGCAGUACUGUCUAUCGAUGUGGAACCCUCGUGGACUUGUGCCGUGGACCUCAUAUCCAGAACACAGGCAAAAUCAAGGCUAUGAAGAUCAUGCAGAACUCUUCCGCAUAUUUCCUUGGUGAUCAAACCAACGAUGCUCUGCAGAGAAUACGUGGUGUGGCCUUCCCCGACAAGAAGUUGCUACAAGAGCACCUCAAAUUCAUGGAAGAAGCAGAAAAGCGCAAUCACCAGAAGAUCGGCAAGGAGCAAGAGCUCUUCUUCUUUGAUGAGGUUUCUCCGGGAUGCCCCUUUUUACUCCCCAACGGAACCAAGAUUUUCAAUGCCCUACAGAAGUUGCUCCGGACAGAGUACCGAAAGAGAGGCUACCAGGAAGUCCAGUCCCCAAACAUGUACGAUGUCGGUAUAUGGCGUCAGUCGGGCCACUGGGCUCACUACAAAGAUGACAUGUUUAAGCUUGAUGUGGAAAAGCGGGACUGGGCGCUGAAGCCAAUGAACUGUCCUGGCCACUGUAUUAUGUUUGGUCACAGGGAGCGAAGUUACAGAGAACUGCCUUUGCGAAUGGCAGAUUUCGGUGUACUUCAUAGAAAUGAGGCAUCCGGUGCUCUACAUGGACUGACUAGAGUUCGGAAGUUCCAACAGGACGAUACACAUAUUUUCUGCACCGACAACCAGAUCAUGGAAGAGAUCGAAGGCCUCUUUGAUUUCCUUCGUGCUAUCUAUGGGCUGUUUGGAUUUAGCUUUAAACUGAAGCUCUCUACCCGGCCGGAGAAGUAUCUUGGAAAGUUGGAGACCUGGGACUAUGCAGAGGCUCAAUUGCGAGAGGCUCUCACCAAAUUUAAGGGCGCAGACUGGGAUAUCGAUGAAGGUGAUGGUGCUUUCUACGGCCCAAAGAUCGACAUUACGAUCUCUGACGCCCUUAAGCGAGAACAUCAGUGUGCCACAAUUCAACUCGACUACCAACUACCCCUGAACUUUAAACUCGAAUACAUGACAGGAGAGACCGUUCCUAAAUCCGCUGCUCCGGCUGACCCCCAGGCCGAAGCUAAACCUGAAGAUGACUCAAAGCGGGCUCAAGCACCAACUGCAGACCCUGCCGCGCCUGGCCCCGGCAGAGCUCGACCAGUCGUGAUUCACAGGGCUAUCAUCGGCAGUUUCGAACGCUUCUUUGGUAUUCUGAUUGAACACUUUGGCGGCAAGUGGCCGUUCUGGCUCAGCCCCAGACAAAUCUUGAUUGUUCCGGUCAUGGCCAGUGCCAAUGACUACGUUGAAGAGCUCCAGGAGAUCCUUAGAGGCGAUAAACUGAACGUGGACAUUGAUCUAAGUGGCCACACAAUGCAAAAGAAGAUUCGAAACGGUCAAUUGGCCCAAUACAACUUCAUCUUUGUGGUCGGUGCCCAAGAGAAAGAGUCUCGUUCAGUUAACAUUCGUAACCGUGAUGACCCCAGCUCACAGACUAAGGGAAGCCUUGUGCCACUUGAGGAAGCUAGAGCUAAACUGCGCGCUCUCCGAAAGGAACGCCGCUUAGAGAAUUCUCUCUAA